AUGGGUUCUUCAACCCAGCCCUUCUUGAUGACGGAACCGCGGAAGCAACAGGAAAGGAGCCCGCCCCCAAUCCAGAUUACGACAGGCCCAAAAUUGCUUAUAGGGAGGCUGGGCCGGCGUGGUAAGCAGAAGAAAGCCAAUGGCGACUCUCGUAUUGCGCGACCGACAAGGGAGGUUGAGGGGAAUGUGGCUCGCCGACGCCGCCUGCUACUGGAAGAGGAGUCGGAAGAUGAUUUCAUCGUACAAAAAAUCCCCAAUCCAGUGCCGACAUGCCCAUUGAAUUGCGCCAUUCAGGCUGCUAAGGCUGCGGUGACAGCCAACGUGACGAGCGGUACUUCUGUUCCUGUGCCGAACUCUACUCCCAGGAAGAAGAAAGGGAAGACUUUGCUGGGGGUUGGCUCACCUAAGAAGUUCGAACUGAAGGCUCAGCAGCAGCGUAAACCGCGGCAGCAGACGGAUAAGCCCGCCAGCUCCAAAAGGGCAGGGGCUGCUCGUCCUCAUAAACCAGAAAAACUGGGCGAGGGGUCGGCAGCGGUCACGCUGUCUCAGGGGGAGAUUUUAUGCCCCCAGGCAGCUGAUGUAUCUAAUGAGGGACUGGAGUCGGCGGAUUCUCUCUCAGAUUCGGAGGAGCAACCCUUCGAGAUCCGCCGCCGAGCUCCGCGGGAGAAGGGACAGGCUGAGAGGCUGGCUCAAUCGUCCCAUGUGCGGCAGGCUGUCAAGGCCUUCGAGGCUGGGCUGUCGCUGAGCGAGCCACCCAUUGCUCAAAAGGUGCUGUCCCCUCGAAUGAUGGCAGAGACGGACACGGGUAAGGAGGUUUUCAAUGGUGGAGACCAGCGGUAUAGUGAUUUCAACGAAUAUGGCUCCAAUUUUUGUGAGCAGGGGGAUGAGGGCAAGAAACGUUGGAUUGAUGAAGUGGAGGGAGGCAUUGCUGAUCUCCCAUCCCCGAAGAAAUUAUUUGUGGAGGAUAAGAGUGACCUGGAAACGGUGGAGGCAGCCAACCGCGAUUGGGCCCACCCGGAUAAAUGA